AUGGCAGGACUCUUCACUUACGCUAUCGGCGGCGGCGGAUUGUUCCUCAUCGGCGCUUCUGAAUCCAUAAUCUCAACCUCCGAAACCCUAGAGCAAAUAUCUCAAAUGUCAUCUCUCUCAUCACCCGCGCUUCCAUCAUCAACUACUCGAUCGAAAUCGAGCUCUUUCGUUACAUCGUUAAUCUUCUUCACGAUCUCUCUCGUUUCCUUCUUAUUCAUCUUAAAUUCGUUAAUUUCUAUAAUCGAUGGUAUAAAAUCAAAAGAUCAAACGGGCGUUGUUCUUCAAUUGGAGGUAAUAUCAAUUUCCGCUUUGUUCUUUCUCUUCUCUGUUUUAGGUAUAUUAACAAAUCUUAGAAAUUCAUUCCAAUUCCCAUCAUCAAUCCUCAACGUUCUCUGUCUGUUUGGUUUCGUCGAAGAAUUCUUUCUGUUUUACAUCCAGAAGAAAGAUCCAGAUGGGAUCGAGAAUCGUUACUAUGAUCUACUCCUUGUUCCAAUCUGUAUCUGUAUCGUCUCCACACUUCUCGAACUCAGAACCCCAAAAUCAAACUAUUCUAGGUUAGGGCGAGGAGUUGGUUUGGUUCUGCAAGGGAUGUGGUUUGUUCAAAUGGGGAUUUCGUUCUAUUCGAGCUCCAUCACAAAUGGUUGCUUCAUGCGUGAAAAGAGUAGAGGAAAUUUUACAAUCAGAUGUAAAGGACACCCUGAGUUUCAUAGAGCUAGAGCCAUUGCUACCCUGCAAUUCAAUUGUCAUCUUGCACUUCUUGUGUGUUUCGUUGCUGGAGUUUAUAGUUUACUUAGCAGAAAACAUGGCGUGAGCAAUGAAUCAAUGCAAUAUAAACCACUCGGAGCUGAGAUGCUGCAUCUGGAUCAUGCUCAGUUUACUUUGGAUAGUGAAGACGAUGAAGAUGAUAAUCUUAAAGAUGAUGGAAAAGUGUUAGUCGAGAAGAAGCUUGAUUUAGUGCAAGAAAGAACAGCCAAUGGCUAUGGUUCUCACCCUUGA